UCCGUGUUACAGAAUAGAUGCUUCAGAUUCUCCUAGAAUACGCCUCAUAGCCGUGCGCUUCUCCUGCUCUAGUCCUGACUGAUGUCACGGAAAUAGUCUGGAUUCGGACAAAGGGUAAUCACAAGCACCCGAACGGCGAGGAUAAACGCCAGUACAGGAAAGAGCCCCAACACUCGAGAACCAGAUAAAAGAGAAAGGAGUUUGUCGCACCAUUCCGACAACGGUUGCUAAUUUUCUGUUUGGCGGUGAUUCAAGUGACCGGUGCAAAAUAAACUGCAAAUUAUUCGACGAGGUGGUCAGAGUGAAGGGCAUUCCAAUCUUCAACUAGUUUCCACCGUUAGACGAAAGUUGGCCAACCGGAAAGUAUUUGCACAAAACAAAUUAGUGGAUCAGUGAUCAAGGGGCGUGUAAAAAGAAAGCCAUUGGCAAGGUCAUUACGCACCGUGCCAAUUUACCAAUCUAAUUCUGCAAUCGAAGUGUGGGCUGUUUGAACCGAAAGGCAGUCAGACCGAUUUGUCCAGAAUGGACCACGGCGGGGAAGAGUUUGAUGUCAGUGCGCUGCGUGAUCUGGAGUUGAUUUAUUGUAGAGUGCAGAUUUGAGUGAAAGUGCCCUGUGGCUUCGAAUAGUGUAUCUCGCCUUAUUUCGACUUUGCGAUCUAUUUGGACACUCGGAAGACAACUAGUUUUAUUGAUAAUUCUCCUCGGUACUUCGUGUCACGAAGAAGUACAGAAGAAGGAUAGUAGAGAGAAUAGAACUUUAGUUGAUGUGAGCUUAGUGUCUGAAUCGAAUCGAAGAAACAUGUGUUAAACGGCAUGCAAGAGGCUUUAUAGCUUGUGCUGGCGGUCAUCCAACGGACGUAGAGGAGAGAGCGGCGGAGUACGAGAAUAAAUUGCUUAUUUUGUAGUUGGCAUAUACAAAAUAAUUUCACAUUUUAUUAGGAUGGAACAAAUUGUUAAUUUGAUUAUUUGCUUCUUAAUGAUUUCAAGCAUCGAUCGCGCCUUCACUUAUCCCACACCAAAUGACAUUCUGUCAGGAAAAGAGUUCCUAUCGAUUCUCAUGGAGACGGACGUUCGAAGCGGCAAAAGUACCAGCGGCAGCACACAAAGUCAAUCAACUGCGGUGACAGGCUAUCCAUAUCGAGGAUCUCGAAAGUAUCAUCAUUUAUUUUACGAUCGGUAUGACCGUGAGGGCAGUACACUACCAAUCGAAGCUUUGUUCACAUCCCAGGAAGAUCUAACGCCUAGUGAUUCUGGAUCAUAUGGACAUAGAAGUAGGCAUAGACCCAGAAGUGGGAAGUUGCUUUCAAGUUCUACUACCUCGACGACUGAAGCGAUUAUUGAAGUAGAAGAGUUGCAAGAUGGCGUUAGUGAAAGCAACGAAAGUUCCAGCAAAGUGACGGAUGGCUACACGAUAGAAAGUACGACCAUAUCAAUUACAGAAUUGCCAGCGGAAACGGAUGCAACUUUCAGUAGUUCAGUAACAGAAAUAUCAACUAUUGCUAACAGUGAUCAGCAAGGUGGAGAAAGUCCUGUUGAACCAGCUCAAGACCUCAAACCAGUUCAGCCGAAUGAAGAAAAUCGAUCAAUUGAUUCAAAUUCAUAUCGAAGUGAACUAGCAAUAGAUGAAAUUCCUCCGUCGGUUGAUUCCGACAGCAAAGAGCCUGAGCGUGGAGAAUCAAGCAACAUCCAACGUGUUGUAGCGAUGCCUGGAGCUCAGCAACUCCGAGGUCGAAUGCAACGGAAACAAGACACAGUAGCUCCACUCCAGACAGUAAUUUAUCAUGACAAGGAAAACGAAAAAGACCAGCAUCAUUCCGUAUCAUAUAGCUUUAUUGGUGAAACAGCACCGACACUGAAAACGUGGAAAGACAUAGACGAAGAAUAUCUGAAGAAACCAUCCCAACUAGAUAACAGUACUGUUGAAAUGACUGAAAAAUCAACAAACGAACCAACAGUCUUAAACUCAGCAAGAAUUUGGUCAGAACCUGAGAAGAAUUACAGUGAACCAGCUAAAGUAUGGUCGGAGCCAGCAAAAAUUUAUUCAGAGCCAGCCAAAUUUUAUUCGGAACCAGCCAAAAUCUAUUCGGAACCAGCAAGAAUAUACUCGGAACCAGCAAAGAUCUAUUCCAGGCCUUCUAGCUAUUGGCAAACAGCUUACGAUCGUCCUUCGUCCGGUACAUCUGUUUCAUCCACAUUCAAACCGUCCAGUCAGCCAAAACGAAUUGUAUUCAACGACUUGGACAAAAUCCCGUACGACGAGUUGAACGCACCAGCGAUGGCCGAAGAUCCAACAUCCAUCCACAAUGCAAUAGGAAAAUUUACUCCAAAGCAGACACACGAACCACCGAAACGGUCCAACUAUAAACCAACUCCUGAUCCAACGGAGAUUGUCGAUCCGUACGUGGAGAAGCAAGGAACUAGUAACGGCAGCAUACCUUCCGUGGUGCGAACCCUUACCCCUACGGCUGGUGGUGCAACCGAUGACUCCAAAGUGGGCUACGUGGUUGAAGGGCACAAUUAUCGCAAGUAUCGCGUGGAAGAGAAAACUCCGGACGGGUUCAUUGUUGGGGAGUACGGAGUAUUGAGUCACAACGAUGGUAAUCUUCGAGGUGUUCGCUACACGGCAGAUUCCGACACCAAUCCUAGGCUGAUAUACGAUGCGUUAUUGAAAUUUCUGUCGCUUUGAGGGAUGGAGGGCGUGGUCUGGUGGUAACUGUUGCCAAAUAGAGUGAACUAUCUCCCCUUGCAUGAUUCACAAUCAAAAGGAAAUCGCAACAAUUAGUGUAAUAAUAGACACAAAUAAAGACGACAUAGUCAAGCUUAUGAAAUCAAAUAGAUUCAUAAAAAUCGCAAACAGUCCAGUCUCAUUCGCUAAAAGAAGUGUUAAACAUAUUAAGACGAUGCCAUACAAACAACUUUUCAACUUCAAUAAUUGCUAAAUAUAUUUAUAACACUAGCAAUAAACUAUGUCGUUUAUAUGUUAGCAAUUGGAUCGUGUAACAAGUUGAAUUUGAAUGUGAUAGUAGACUAGGGUAAUUAUUAAUUUAUUUGUCAGGUUUAUUUUCCGAACGGCGAUAGUGUCAGGCACAACUCGGAAGCUGCUCAAUUUGGAGAUUUUUAUUUUGAAACAUUGUCCACUCAAAAUAACGUCUUGCCAUAUGGAUUCGCACUGAAGCAUAGCGUAGCACCCAAAUAGAGCCAUUAGAAUAAGGCGUAUGUAAUGUUUGCCGUAGGAUGACAGGGAGAAUGCGUAUUAUCAUGUUCCAGCGGUAAAGUUUGAAAUUAUUGAAAUGAAAAAUCCUUUUGACAUAAGCUAGCAAAGGAGUUCAACAAUAAAAAAAAACAAUCGAAUGAAAGAUGUUUGAU